AUGAUGUCACUGCCUCACUAUAGCUCAGCAUCCCUGCCUGAGUCGACCAGCAAAGCCACUUUGCCUUUGGAUUGGAGAACAUAAGGGCAACUACGGUAGAUCUCAUCCCCCCAGCAAUUCAUUCUCAGCCAGACCAGAGAACACACCCAGUUACAAAAAAUCAGCAAGGCUACAUUGUGGGUGCUGUCUGUCUGUCUGUGGGGGUUGCUGUCAUUCCUGGCUGCCCAUUCAGGAGCUGUCAUUUACUCAGAAACUGUCAACCAGUAACAAGCAACAACAUAGAGAACGACAUACAGGAGCUAAAACAAAAAGCUGUUGGGUCAUUAUUUUACAAGCAAAAAAGGUACUCGAAGGUUGCUCAGGCCGUCGCUGUUCGGUGAGCUCCCAGCAUGAUGGCAGCAGCGUCGGUGAAGGUGGCGGUGAGGGUCCGCCCCUUCAAUUCCAGGGAGAUCAGCAAAGAUUCCAAGUGCAUUAUACAGAUGACAGGCAACACUACCACCAUUCUCAACCCCAAACAACCUAAAGAGAACAAGAGCUUCAACUUUGAUUAUUCCUACUGGUCCCACACCUCUCCAGAAGAUAUAAACUAUGCAUCGCAGCAGCAGGUUUACAGAGACAUUGGGGAGGAGAUGCUGCAGCAUGCCUUUGAGGGAUACAACGUCUGCAUCUUCGCCUACGGACAGACUGGAGCCGGCAAAUCCUACACCAUGAUGGGCAGGCAGGAGAAGGACCAACUGGGCAUCAUUCCAUUGAUGUGUGAAGACCUGUUCUCCAGAAUCAAUGAUAGCAAUAUUGACAACAGCCUGUCCUAUUCUGUGGAGGUGAGCUACAUGGAGAUCUACUGUGAGCGAGUGCGUGACCUGCUGAAUCCCAAGAACAAGGGCAACCUGCGAGUGCGAGAGCACCCCCUCAUGGGCCCCUAUGUGGAGGACCUGUCCAAACUGGCUGUGACCUCCUACAACGACAUCCAGGACCUCAUGGACUCUGGGAACAAGGCCAGGACCGUGGCAGCCACCAAUAUGAACGAGACAAGCAGUCGCUCCCAUGCCGUUUUCAACAUCAUUUUCACACAGAAAAGACAGGAUGCAGAAUCUGACAACACCUCCGAGAAGGUGAGCAAAAUCAGCUUGGUUGAUCUGGCGGGCAGUGAAAGGGCGGAUUCCACAGGGGCCAAAGGGACCAGGUUAAAGGAAGGUGCAAAUAUCAACAAAUCUCUGACAACUCUGGGAAAGGUUAUCUCAGCCUUGGCGGAAGACUCAGGAUCAAAUAAGAACAAAAAAAAGAAAAAGGCAGAAAACUUCGUCCCCUACCGAGACUCAGUAUUGACUUGGCUUCUGAGGGAAAACCUGGGUGGAAACUCCCGUACUGCUAUGGUGGCUGCACUCAGCCCUGCUGAUAUCAACUACGAUGAGACUCUCAGUACUCUCAGGUACGCAGAUAGGGCCAAGCAGAUCCGCUGUAAUGCAGUGAUUAAUGAGGACCCCAACAACAGGCUGGUUCGAGAGCUAAAGGAGGAAGUGUCCCGACUGAAGGACCUGCUGUUAUCACAAGGACUGGGAGACAUCAUAGCAACGUUUCCAGGGAAGAGCAGCGAGAUUGCCGGUUUGAAAUACAUAUCCGAUUUCAAGAACAAUAACAAAAAUCUCCAAGCUGUCAAUCAAAGGGGUGAUCUUUCCACAGUGGCCAAUGCGACGACAGGGAUGAGCCCCUCUCCCUCUCUCUCCACCCUCUCCAGUCGGGCAGGAUCCAUCAACAGCCUCCACGACCGGAUCAUGUUUAGUCCUGGCAGCGAGGAGGCCAUCGAGAGGCUCAAGGAAACUGAGAAAAUCAUCGCUGAGCUCAACGAGACGUGGGAGGAGAAACUCCGCCGGACAGAAGCCAUCAGGAUGGAGAGAGAGGCUCUGCUUGCAGAGAUGGGCGUGGCCAUGCGCGAGGACGGAGGCACAGUGGGCGUGUUCUCACCAAAGAAGACCCCUCACCUUGUGAACCUGAAUGAAGAUCCUUUGAUGUCAGAAUGUCUUUUGUACUACAUUAAAGAUGGAAUCACCAGGGUGGGCCGCGAGGAUGCUGCCAGCAGACAGGAUAUUGUGCUGAGUGGACACUUCAUCAAGGAUGAGCAUGGCACGUUCACCAGCACAACCUGCCCACUGGGAGAGGUUUCAGUUAUCUUGGAGCCAUGUGAAGGAGCAGAGACCUACGUUAACGGGAAGAAAGUUUCUGAGCCUACUAUCCUCCGAUCAGGAAACCGCAUCAUCCUGGGGAAGAGCCAUGUGUUCCGGUUCAACCAUCCCGAGCAGGCGAGACAGGAGAGGGAACGCACUCCCUGUGCUGAGACCCCUGUUGAGCCUGUCGAUUGGGCCUUUGCACAGCGCGAGCUGCUCGACAAACAGGGCAUUGACAUGAAGCUGGAGAUGGAGCAGCGGCUACAGGAGUUGGAGGAUCAGUACCGAAGGGAGCGAGAGGAAGCAAACAACCUCCUAGAGCAGCAGAGGCUGGAGUAUGAGAGUAAGUUGGAGGCUCUGCAGAAGCAGGUUGACUCCUGCUAUUACCCAGAAACCACAGAGGAGGAGGAGGAGCCAGAGGAAGAAGUGCAAUGGACUGAGCGAGAGCUGGAGCAGGCUCUGUGGGCCUUCCGGAAGUGGAAGUGCUACCAGUUCACCUCGCUGAGAGACCUGCUGUGGGGGAACGCCAUCUUCCUGAAGGAGGCCAACGCCAUCAGCGUAGAGCUCAAGAAGAAGGUUCAAUUCCAGUUUGUGCUGCUGACAGACACCCUGUACUCCCCUCUAUCCACUGAUCUACUGCCCCCCGAUGCUGCCAAGGACCGGGAAAAGCGUCCCUUCCCACGCACCAUCGUUGCUGUGGAGGUGCAGGACCAGAAGAAUGGGGCCACCCACUACUGGACUCUUGAGAAACUCAGACAGAGGCUGGAUCUGAUGCGGGAGAUGUACGAUCGCGCAGCAGAGGUGCCCAGCAGUGCUAUUGAUGACUGUGAUAAUGUCAUGACUGGUGGAGACCCUUUCUACGAUCGCUUCCCAUGGUUCCGCCUGGUGGGCAGUUCCGAUGUCUCUGGCUGCACUAGCAGCCCCAUUUUCAACACAUGCAUGAGUGAGCGCAUGGCAGAUCUUACCCCCUCCCCCACCCUCUCCAACCCUGACUCUGACAUUACCGAGCUCGCAGACGAGCGGCAUGAUGGGAAGGUGGAGGAGGAGGAGUUGGAGGACCUGGAAGAUGAGAUCUUUUUGGACGACCCGUGUUCGGAGCUGGGGGGAGAUGAGGGAGAGCACUGCCCAUUCUCCGGCGAAGGCCAGGACCCCUUUUAUGACCGCUCACCUGUAUUCAGUGUAGUGGGAAGGGCCUUUGUGUACCUCAGUAACCUGUUGUACCCAGUCCCACUGGUGCACCGUGUCGCCAUUGUCAGUGAGAAGGGAGAAGUGAAGGGAUUCCUCAGGGUGGCUGUUCAGGCCAUUUCUGCUGAUGAGGAGGCCCCAGACUAUGGUUCUGGUGUGCGACAGUCUGGGACAGCCAAGAUCUCCUUUGAAGACCAGCAGUUUGAGAAGUACCAGGCAGAGUCGUGCACAGUGGGAAUGUCUCAUUCAGAAACCUCGCAGGAAGAGCUGAGGAUCGUGGAAGGGGAGGGGCAGUCCUCAGACCUGGGGCCCUCCGCUGAUGAGGUCAACAACAACACCUGUGAAGCUAGUCCAGAGGAGCUUGACAGUCCUCUGAAGCUGAGCACAGAGACACAGGCAGAGGAAUCGCUGGAGCAUCUCAAAAUCGGCAGCAUCUUCACCUUCCGUGUGACAGUGCUGCAGGCCUCCAGCAUCUCUGCUGAGUAUGCAGACAUAUUCUGCCAGUUCAACUUUAUUCACCGGCACGAUGAGGCCUUCUCAACUGAACCACUGAAGAACACAAGCCGCGGCCCUCCACUGGGAUUCUACCAUGUUCAAAAUAUCGCGGUUGAGGUUACCAAAUCCUUUGUGGAAUAUAUCAAGACGCAGCCUAUUGUGUUUGAAGUUUUUGGUCACUACCAGAGACAGCCCUUCCCACCUCUCUGCAAGGACCUCAUCAGUCCACUGAGGCCUUCAAGAAGGCAAUUUCCCAGAGUCAUGCCCUUAUCCAAACCAGUGCCUGCAACCAAGCUGACCACCCUGAGCCGUCCGACUGCGGGGCCGUGCCGCUGCAAGUAUGACCUGAUGGUAUUCUUUGAGAUCUGCGAGCUGGAAGCAAAUGGAGACUACAUCCCAGCAGUGGUGGACCACAGGUCUGGGAUGCCGUGCCAUGGGACCUUUUUGCUGCAUCAGGGUAUCCAAAGAAGAAUCACUGUUACCAUUGUGCACGAGACAGGCGGUGACAUUGAGUGGAAGGAAGUGAGGGAGUUGGUUGUUGGUCGUCUCCGUAACACCCCAGAGGCCGAUGAGACGAUCAUUGACCCCAACAUCCUGUCUCUGAACAUCCUCUCGGUCGGAUACAUCCAGCCCAGCCAGGACGACAGACAGUUUCUUGAUUCGGAUAUGCCUAGCAUUUCGUUGGGAAGUGACCAUAGAACCUUCUACCGUUUUGAGGCUGCCUGGGACAGCUCGAUGCACAACUCCCUACUUCUGAACCGUGUUACACCUUACGGGGAGAAAAUAUACAUGACCCUGUCAGCUUACCUAGAGAUGGAGAACUGUACUCAACCAACAGUGAUUACCAAAGAUUUCUGCAUGGUGUUUUACUCCAGAGACGCCAAAUUACCUGCCUCUAGAUCCAUCCGUAACCUCUUCGGCAGUGGAGGACUCAAGGCAUUGGAGAGUAACCGUGUUACUGGUGUUUACGAGGUCAGCCUGUGUCACCUGGCGGAUGCUGGAAGCCCAGGCAUGCAGAGGAGGCGCAGAAGGGUCCUAGAUACAUCAGUGGCCUAUGUACGAGGAGAAGAGAAUCUGGCUGGAUGGAGGCCUCGCAGUGACAGCCUCAUUCUGGACCACCAAUGGGAACUGGAGAAACUCAGCCUACUGCAGGAAGUUGAGAAGACCCGGCACUACCUGCUGCUGCGGGAGAAGCUGGAGACGCUGCUGCUGUGCGGCCAGGACUCCCUGCUGGCCUGCGAGUAUCCCACUGAGCCUUACAGCAUCUCCUCCCUCACAGACAGGGCCCCCCAGGGCCCGAGCAGUGCCCCUGACAGCCCCAGUGAGAGACAGAAAGAGCUGGCCACCAAGUGCCUGCGGCUCCUCACUCACACAUUCAACAGAGAAUACAGCCACGUGUGCGUCAGCGCCAGUGAGAGCAAGCUGUCUGAGAUGUCGGUCACCCUACUGAGGGACUCGUCGGCUUCGAUGCUGAGCAGCACGCUGACCCCCUCCUCGACCUGCCCUUCGCUGGUGGAGGGGUGCUACAACAACACUGAGCUCAGAACCCCAGAGCCAUGCUCCAGAGCUGUCAGCCCAGAUCCCGACACUGUUCCGGAUGGAGAUAUGAAGAAGUCUCCCAGUGGAGGACAGGAGCUCAGUAGGAGAGUGCAAGCUUUUGUUCCUGAUAUCCAGGAGAUCCGUGUCAGCCCGAUCGUGUCAAAGAAGGGCUAUCUGCACUUCUUGGAGCCGCACACCAACGGCUGGGUCAAGCGCUUUGUGGUGGUGCGCCGCCCGUACGUCUACAUCUACAACACUGACAAGGACAGCGUAGAGCGUGCCAUCCUGAACCUGUCUUCUGCGCAGGUUGAGUACAGCGAGGACCAGCAGGCUAUGCUCAAGACCCCAAACACGUUUGCAGUGUGCACUGAGCAUCGUGGGAUACUGCUCCAAGCAAACAAUGACAAAGACAUGCAUGACUGGCUGUACGCAUUCAACCCUCUGCUGGCCGGAUCUAUCAGAUCAAAGCUCUCGAGGAGAAGAACUGGACAGAUGAGGAUCUGAAUAGCCAAUCACUUUUCUCUCCCUCUCCACCUUUCAGAAAAAAAUGACUAACUUUGUAUAUAUAUCACCUGAUUGAACACACCAGUCUUAUGAUGUUCUGUCUCUUCUGUAACCUGCCUGCUCUUGCACAUGCUCAGUUUACCACUGUCAAACCAAGAAGAAAAAACCCAGGGCUUGUAUCUUUUUUGUGACAGAGGCUGUCUCUGACUCACUGCUUUUUUUGUUGGGGGGAGGGGAGAGAGGAGUCUGAAUGAGUAAGGUAGGUUGUAUACAGUUUCAGCACCCCGUCAAAUCUCCUCUGGUCUCUCUAGUUCUGAAGAGCUGCUUUGGUUCUCCCCUGUUGAAAAAGCUUCACAGUUCAGGGGUGUCAGCCCCCCUCCUUCACUCUACAUGCAGAUAAGGGACUUUAGGCCCACCCUGUCAUUCCCCCAUCCCAAGAAUUACUUCCCCUUAAUACUUACAAUUUAGAAGCAAAAACAUUUUUGAAGAAAUGUAUGAUGAAUGAUACAUUGAAAGUGGCUGACAUACACAAGAGGUACACCACCUACAUCUUGGAACCAGUGUUCUAUCUUCUAACAACCUACAGAAUGUUACACUUCUCUGGUUUCAGCACCUGGGUCAGUGUUAUACUAAACAACAAGUAUUUUAUCCAGACUUUAGCCAGUCCUGCUAGCAGUGUGUCUGUGCAUGUCGGUUGUUUUAUUUAUUUUGUUUUGUUUUAAAGGUAACAUUCAACUAAUACUGGGCUCUCUAAUCGUUUAGCCAAUCACAAGCCAUGUAUCUUUUGUAGACCAGUGCUGGCAUUCUGUAAAUGACUCUGGUUUUCAUCCCUUGUAGGGUAUGAGCCAAGACUACCCUAUGUAGUAACAUUUUGUGAGAGAGCAAGGUAACUGAAGACACAGUAAUAAGAAAGUCUUUGUCAUGUCUUUUGUGUGGAAAUAAUUGAAAGUAGAACAUUCAUAAUGAACUUGUUGCAGAUUAUUUAAAAAUAUAUUUAUUUAUUGAUCUCUAUAUUUGUGUAUUUAUUGGCAUUUUGCACUUUUUUUAUUAAGUAUCCCAUUACAGAGCAAAACAUAUGUAUCGCCCAAUGUGCUUGCAGUUUGCCCUAGAGCCAGCGCUCAAGUGUCUUUGUUGUACAGUUUAAACUCUGAGCUGAACAGUUGUUGACCAAAAAAGCCAAACUUGGGCAGGAUCUGGUGCAACACUAGAAGGACCGGAGAUAUACUCAUACCUAGAAGCCCCGCAGCCGUCUUCCUGUAUUCAAAACACUAUAAAUAGUAUAAUGAAAGGAGAAACAGUCGGAUGUAAUUAGUUUUUUUAUUGCGUACGUCACAUAAACAUCUGAACAACCGAAGCAUAUAUAUAUAUAUAUGUACAUAUAUGUAUAUAUAUGUGUGUGUGUGUGUGUAUAUAUGUGUAUAUAUAUAUAUAUAUAUACAGUACUGUGCAAAAGUUUUAGGCAGGUGUGAAAAAAUGCUGUAAAGUAAGAAUGCUUUCAGUUUAUAUUUAUCAAUUAACAAAAUGCAAAGUGAGUGAACAGAAGAAAAAUCUACAUCAAAUCAAUAUUUGGUGUGACCACCCUUUGCCUUCAAAACAGCAUCAAUUCUUCUAGGUACUAGAAGACUAGCUCUACCUCCGCUACGCUCCCCUGCCUCCAGAGCCCGCUCCUUCUCCACCCUUGCUCCACAGUGGUGGAAUGACCUUCCUACAGAUGUCAGGACUGCCCAGUCCCUGACCACAUUCCGGCGCCUCCUUAAGACUCACCUCUUCAAACAGCACCUGUAGAACUCCUCUGUUUGUAUCCUGGGACACUAUCACCCUUCAUGUAAAUGUGCUUUAUUUUGCUCUUAUCUGCCCCCUAUUUUACUGCAUUUAAUCCUGUACUUCAGAAUACUGUAAUCUGACUAUAUACUCUACACCUGACUAUAUGCCUACAAAAUCCCUGACUUUGUGCAAGUGUACCUAGAAGAAUUGAUGCUGUUUUGAAGGCAAUCUAUUAACAUGUCUAUUUUUGAAAGCAUUCUUACUUUACAGCAUUUUUUCACACCUGCCUAAAACUUUUGCACAGUACUGUGUAUAUAUAUAUAUAUAUAUAUAUAUAUAUAUAUAUAUAUAUAUAUGGACAUUUAUAUGGACAUUUAUUUUACAAAUCAAAACAAGAAAAUGUAAAUAAAUAAACAUCUGAACAGACAUCGGUUUACAACAUACAUAUUUAUAAAACUGAAACGAUAGCAAUACAUUUUUAACUUCGUUUAGCAAUCGGUUUAUUAUCAGAUGAGCAAAAGCGACUGAACAACGUAGAUACACAAACUUAGAAAAAAACAUUUUACAGAAGCAUACAGCACAGGAAGUUAUAAAAAAAAGCCUAAUUUAUUUUUCUUUUUUUCGACAAAAGGGUAUUCCUUUACCUUGAGUCUAAGGCUGUUCACAAUCAACACAGAUAAUGAGUUUCUCCAUGCAGCCUUUCUGCACAGGGCACAGCUGUCUGAAGUUUUAUUUUUAUUGCACUUGCCAACCUGCAUUGGCGGCUCUCAGCGGGGUUGCCAGCUUCAGCUGUGGGUACACGCUUGGCAGUCUCCCUCUGUUCCAAAUGCUUCUUGCGAAGUUGCUGUGCUAACUUUAAAAUAUAUUCUCUCCUUGGUAAAUUCUUCUCUGUGCAUUCUUUGUAAAGUACCCAGGAGUUGAUGGCUGCUAGGUCCAAUACAUUGUAAAACACCUGAACAGGCCACCGUCAGGAGCCAGCUUUCACGGAAUACUUCCGUGCCAUCUGAUCCAAAACUCCAUAUUUUGUUGCGUUGUAAAACUCCACAGUCUCUGGUAUUUAUUUUCACUAGCAGGUGCCAGCCUUCAAAAGGCUGAUUGAAAACAAUAGACUCUCAGUCAUUCACUCAGACAGAGAGUAGAGACUAAUCUAAUUACAGCUAACUGGUAAAUAAAAAUAAUAAAGUAGAAUACCGUUCUGUAUAAUCAAAAUACAAUUGUUUUCUGUGUGGCCAUCAAUGUGACUGCUCCCGGGGCUUUUAGGUACAAUGUAAUAUAUCUCCUUUAUUUCUGCACUCCCGCGUUUCAUGCUUCAUCAGAAUACAUAUUUAAUACAUACGGACAGAAAGGUACACGAACGCACAGCCCCAUAUGUGUUACACGACUGGAGAAAAUUAAAUUUUAAAACCAAAAACCGCCAAAAUGACCGCCGCGGGUCUUCUAGUGUUAAUAAUGUUGCUUACAGUAUGGAAAUUGUGAAAGAACAACAAAAAACUUAAUUUGGAAAUUAUCGUUUCCAAAUUGCCAAUGGCCUAACAAGAAAGUGCUAUCAGAAGAGGUAUGAUUUUAAAAAGCUGUCACAGUUGUCUUGGUUAUCAAAGGAUAUUCCUGAGAGGUUGGGGAAAUAAACAUGGAUGUAUUAAUGAUGGCUACAUAUAUAGGGAAUAUGUUUCUUAACAAAAUGUGUGAAUUCCUUAGUCUGUAACUAACCUGAUCCAAGUGCAAAAUAAACCAAGCACUAAUAAGGCUGUUGUAAAGAUUUGAAAGGGAUCUCUUUUAUUGUCUACUUAAAUGCUUCCAUUGAAUUAAACCGAUCAGUUGCGGAGCAUUAAGCCAUUACAUUUUCGGUCCAAAUUGUUUGUUGUUCUUGCAUAAAUUGGAGUCUUGAGUCAUACAUUCAAGUACAAUAGAACACCUUUAAACACUCUGCGAACAAAGUAUGUUUAAAACUGCUGUAUUAUAACACCAGAGCUUAUGCUAAUGGAGAAGUUGCAUCCUAGUUUUCCAAAAGAGAAGGAUACCUUCUAAUUCCCUUGCUCGAAGUCUAGCUCCUUAUCUGAAUCUUGUUGUCCUGAGCUAGGCCUGCCACACGUUUGCCUUUACCUUUGCAUUAUUUUGGUGUGUUUUGUAUGCAUGGAGACAACUAUGCAUGAAAUACAGCUCCUAUUGUAUCAGUGAGCGACGGCAUUAAACUUUCACAUCUAAACUAGGUCCGCCUUCUAAUGAAUUUGAUUUCCCAUGGCUCUCCUUUUUCGUUUUAUUGUCUUAUGUUUGUAUAUUUUUACUGGGGGUGGGGGGGGGCGGAUGCUAUAAGCCACUAUAAUAAAGCUGUAGCUUGGCUAUCAAGUCAUCCAAGGGCCAUUAAAGACCCUUUAUCUCCAAUGGGGAAUAGUAGUAUUGAGUAGCAGGUGCAGACUCUGCCAAUCCCAAUCCCACAAUAGCGGACAUGCCUUCAGUCAGACAGCUGCAGCGCACAGAUGACAUCACAUUUUUUUCCAGCCUGGAUGUUUUUUUGUUUUUUUUUCUGGAUCCUUUAAAAAGUUCAGAAGCGUCUGGGGAAAGAUGUUUCCUUGAGUCUUCAAGUUGUUCCUAUAAACACUGCAAGAACGAGUGUGCCUGAGGCCAGCCAACCUACAGAGCAUGCUCAAUUGUAAGCAAUAACACCCUGAUCACAGAGUAACAUCUAAAACAUCCAAGAGAAUAAACUAAUGGGAUUUCAAGGAACACUUCUGACAGCUUGGAAGUUUUAAUUAGAAGUUUUAGUUUUCACUGGCCUGGCAGAUUGAUCAUUUUCUCUGAAUUAGUAAUACCAGACCACAUCUGGGUUUUUUAAUCACCACCUUCCGAGUUUAAAAUGAAAAGAUCAUCAAGCCAUAAGCUUGUAAGAGAUGCCUGUAACCUUCAAUGCCUCCUAGUCAGGAUUGAAAGAGAAAAGCAGAAUGACACACUUUCACAGGAGAUUAUUUAGGGUAGUGCUGAUUACUGUGAUACAGGGCUCUUCCUGCCUUUAUGCCUUUUUUGUUUGCGCCAACUGAAAAAUCCAAAUUACAUCAAUUAAACCUCACAAUAAAUCAAUGUGUUUGCCUUCACUACAUAUUUUGCUAAUUGACUAUAUUAAUAGACCUUGGAUGUAUUUGAACUGGCUAGUGUUAUCAUCCUAAUGCCAGGUAGGAAACAAAUGCAGUCAAUAUUGUGAGACCAUUUUGAUUUCAGAUGGGGCUGAAAUCAAAAUGUAAAAGACUAGAAAAUACUAGUAAGAAAAGACUAGUUUUAGUUACAUCGCUGCAAAGCGUGAGACCUAUGCAGCUUGUCACUGUUCACAGUGUGUCCAGCUUUAAGGUAUUCAUUUGUAAAGAAUGCAUGGCAGUUUGUUUUUUCUGUCUGGAUCAGUGCCAAUAGCAGCCCAUGCAAGUGACACUGACUGAAUAGCUUGUGUGGCCCCUGCUUCUGCUGCUGUUGUGACAGUCAGCACUGCCUAGAAAACAUGUUUACAAAUGGCUGCUAGUUCUCAAAUGUUUUACCAUUUUCUUUUGCAAAUAAUAAAAGGAACACAUCAGCACAUGCUUGUGUUUCCCAUGUAGGCAUUACAUGAAAUAUAUUACAUAUAUUGCCUCCCAAAAUUAGCUGAAGUUCAAUUCCUGUGCAAGGUCUGGCAGUUUAUAAAAUGCUAGAGUGAAAGCAGUCAGGUCCAGAUCUUUUCUCUGUGUGAGAAAUGCAGGUUGAAAGAGGAAAUGAAAGAAUUGGGGAAGGAAUUCAAUAUCAGAGAACACACUGCUGUUAGCUCCCAUACCACAGCACGUCCUUCUGUGAUCACUUUCAGCAGAGCUGACUGGAAUCUAUACAACAAAAGAGGCACACUUCUAAUCCAUUGAAUUUCUGUGCUUCCAUCUAAUGUUAGUACCCAAGGGUUCUUCCUAAGCUCUGUAAAACUAAAGACACUUUCUUUUUUUUGCUCUGUAAAAACAUGAUUGCUGUGAACGAUGUAUUAUACAACUGUAACGCGUCUGUAUCACCCAAAUGGGCUGUAGUUUAAUCAGUGUCUCAACAUAUUUGAGUGUGGGAGUAUUCAAAUGUUUAUGUACAAUUAACACCUUGUGGGAUAUAAAUAAACGUGGAACUUAUGCAA